AUGAACAAUAACAUACCCAUCUCUCCUCCUCCUUCCGGCUCUCUAUCCAUAAACCAAAAUAACCAAAAUAACCAAAAUAACCAAAAUAACCAAAUCAAUCAAAUCAGCACAAUCACUAAAAAAAUAAGCGCCUCAAGACCUUGCGAUCACUGUAGAAGAAGAAACGACCCUUGCACCCUCCUCAACGAUGGAACUACUUGCUCCCACUGUGAAUCAAAGAGCCUAAGAAAUCCUCCAACCAAUCACAUCAACCAAAUCAACUCAAAUUACCCAAACUACAUCAACUCAAUGCCCCCCAACGGUCCAAUGGCCUUUAAUGGUUCAAAUUCAAUCAACAACAACAACAACAACAAUAAUAAUAGUAAUAAUAAUAACAACUAUAAUAAUAAUAACAACUAUAAUAAUAAUAACAACUAUAAUGCCCCAAAUAACUCAGCAAACAACUCCAAUAACAAUUUCCAAUCGCUGCAAAAAAAAUUAUUGCAAUUUCCUAGAUCCUCUUUUUACAUAGGCCCAACAUCAAUAUUCGAUAUAAACCUUAUAAACCACAUGAAACUAGACUCAAUGGAUCAGGUCCAAUUGACAAAAUUCGUUUCUCUAAGAAAAGUAUCAAGAUCUCCAAACGUCCAAUUUCUCUUAACCGACGACUUUAACUCCUCCUUGUACGAAAAAUCCUCAAGAAACGUUGAUGAAGUUGAACAGAUAGUCCAUCCAUUUGGCCCAAUCUUAAUAGAAUUGUACUUUAAAAUAGUCCACCCUUACUUCCCAAUCCUACACAAAAGAGUCUUUUUAGAAAAAUAUGAAAGAACUUAUAGAGAAUUCUCUGCUCCCUUAUUAGCCGCUGUCUACUCCUUGGCCAUACAAUGGUGGGACUGUGAUCAGAGAUUGGUUUCAAUACAAAAUAAACCAAAUGCAAAUCUACUAAUCUCAAUUGCCAUCAGAACAUUCUCUGAAGUCAUUGAAAGACCAAAAUUAAGCGUGGUUCAGGCAGGUUUGUUGCUUCUACAAUGCAGAUCUGAUAAUAACCAAAGAAACUGGAUACUAAGCUCCCAAGUCGUAGCUUUGGCUGAAGAAUUGGGCUUGGGCCUUGAUUGUGCAAACUGGAAAUUGCCAAAGUGGGAAAGAGGUUUGAGAAGAAGAUUAGCUUGGGCGGUUUGGCUACAAGAUAAAUGGCUAGCUUUAAUCGAAAGUAGACCUUCUCAUAUCAUUAUGGGCAACAAUUGGCUUGUCAAAAAGAUAUCUGAUGAUGAUUUCCCUGAAAUAUCACAAAUCAAAAAAAAUAUACCAUCUGCUCAAUUGUCUCCAACAAAUAUUUCAAACAAUCCACACAAAGACGAAAACUUGACAGACACUGACGUCGGAAAAUUGCUAUUUCAACACAUUAUAUCUCUAAGUGAAAUCAUCUCAGAAAUUCUUGAUGCCUUUUAUAAAUUAUCAGACAUUGAUACUGUACAACCAAUAGAACAAGUUUUACUUCGUGCAAAGCCCCUACAAUUGAAACUACGCGAUUGGUACAGAGCACUACCAAAACCAUUACAAAUGUCUUCACUACAGCCUGGGAAACUAUGCUCCAAUGGCUCUUUACAAUUGGCGUAUUUUGCUGCAGAAAUAACUCUUCAUAGAAAAAUUAUAACAUCAUUGAAUUCUGCAACACCUCCCGACUUGUCAAGAAUUUGCAGAAAUGCUGCAAAAACUCGUUUGCUUGCUGCCAUAGAUUUCGUUAGUGAUUUGCAAAAACAACACAUUCGUUCUUUUUGGUAUUCUUCGACUUCGGCGAAUUUUGUAUUGAUAGGAACAUUUUCUGGCUUGCUCUUUGUUAAUAGCAAAACUCCUGAUGAAAUUGAUUUUUAUCGAAAACAAGUAUUCAGGUACAGAAACAUACUAAGAAAUUGCUCAGAGAAAGGAUUUCCUGCUGCCACGUCUGCCACACAAAAAUUGGAAAUGCUUUUAACUCAUAUUCCUGGUUUGAGGUCCGAACAAUAUCCAACUCCU